AUGCGACUAAGCGCGAACCUCACAGGCCAAAGGCUCUCGAUUGGUGGAGGCGACCCUGAUACAAACCGAAAUCCAGUCGCGAAGACACCUUCCCUCAAGUUGUGGGAUGACGCCGACUCCUUCGCACUUAAUGAAAAGUAUCGCCAUCAGGAAACCAAUCCACAUUUACAGCGCCCGUCUAUAUUUCAAACGGUUUCACUAGUCUUACCGUGGUCCAGUUUCUUGCCAAGGCUUUCUACCAGACGUUAUGGCAAUCGAUUCAAAUCGGCUUUUGGAUGCCCAAAUGAUUUCCAAUUGAAAAUCCCAAAUUCUCGACUGCACCUGACUCCUAUAGCCGAAGACAACGAUUAUGUACAUUGGCCCACUCGUAAUCUAGCUUCCUGGUUGUCAGACAUUCCAGCACUUGAUCUGAGGCUUUUCAAAGCUGAAACGAAAACCAAGCACUCCUCGCCGAGGUUCAAAACUUCGGGUGGCGUCCUCAUCCAUAAACGACUCCAGGACUGGGAUGAAUGUCAACUUUCAAUCGACGCGUCUCUGCAGAAUUACUUCAUUGGACCAUGGAUCCUGCCAAGUGGAAUCUUCAAAUGA